AUGCGGAUAUUCUCCUCACCUCUCAUCUCUGCCGUCUCUUUGCUACCCUGUCUCUCUUUCGCCGUCAGCUUCGACUGCUCCAGCAUCCAUGUAGACAACUACAAUUAUAACCUCAAGGCUCUAGGCGGAGUCCACGAAAUCUACCAUGCCGAGCAAGUCGGCGACCUUAUCGUUAACACGACAUAUGUACUGAAUCUGUGCAACACUCUUAAGGGCGCGUCAAUAAGGGGGAAUUUGAAAUGCGGCACGUCAAAGAAUAUUUGUGGGUUCAACUACACAUACGGAGCAGACGGCGCCACCGAAAAUGAUUUUGCGUUCCCGAUCGUCGGGCUGGAGCCUAUGGGCCAGGGGGCGAAAGAUGCGGAGAUAACACGAUUAAAGAAGGAGGAUACUGAGAAAGAGGGUCUGAGGGUAAAACUGUCUGGAGGGGGUGAGUACCCGGAGCCUGGCUCGAAAAAGAAGAAAAAGGCGGGUGCGGUCAUCGAGUUUGAAUGUGACCCUGGUCGGUCGGGUCUGGAGGGUCUUGUCAAGGAGGACACAAAGCGGCUUCUCCGCGCCCGGGAAGAAGGUCUGGAUGAGGGCGAGGGGGAUGGUGAAGGCGACGGCAACGGGGAGGAUAAAGAGCCAUUCUACGAUGGAUCAGACCCGGAUCGAAGCCUGCAAUACAAGAGCUUCGGGAAGGCGGAUGACGAAACGUAUAUACUUAGUUUGAGCUGGAAGACACGCUAUGCCUGUGACCAUUACACAGAAGAUCGUGGUUCGUCUUCUGGCCACGGGGGGUUCUUUACUUGGUUGAUUGUGAUUUUCUUCCUCUGCGCCGCAGCAUAUCUUAUCUUCGGCUCGUGGCUCAAUUAUAAUCGCUAUGGUGCCCGUGGGUGGGACCUGCUUCCGCACGGCGAUACGCUUCGAGACAUUCCUUAUCUCUUCCAAGACUGGCUGCGCCGGGUAGUCAACACAUUUCAAGGGGCGGGUUCGAGAGGAGGAUACAGCGCUGUAUAAAUAUAACGCUUUAUUUCUCUGUGAUGUUUCGAGGAAUUGCAUACGAACGGGAACAGGUUUCUUGACCGGCAGAUUCCUUCAGGUAAUGCUUUUUCUCUCUGUACGAUGGAAUGAAUGAUUGGCCAGUUUCGCAUUUGCUCGUUCGAUUUGCUUGUCUGUUUUCUCAUUUAUUACUGUUGUUGGACGAGCUGAUAUAUACCUCAGCUAGAUUUUAUCAGUAAAUGUAUUCAUACGGAGUAAA